GAAGCCGAGCCAUGUGGCUGUACCUCCUCAUCCUUGUGGCGACACUUGCCGCAGUCGCCGCCCAGCCCAAGCCUCCGCCAAGACGCCCAGCAGCGAAGGGCGGCGUGAAAAAGCCGGCAAACCAAGGAAAUGGCGCGAACCCUGCGUUGGUUUUACUACUCCGUGAUCUGCGCAAAUUCCGGGCUGCUGGAGGCCAUCCCCAAGCGCAGGCCUGGAAAAAUCACGCUGUGAAAUUUUGCCAAUUCUUCCCGGGGCACCCUAAAUGCAGUGGUGGAAAAACGCCUCCAUUUGGCGCUGUUGGCGCGAUGAUGCAGGUGACGCAGAAGCGAGUGAUGCUUCAAAGACAGCAGUUUCACAAGAAGCAGCAGAGGGCGAGGAUGCAGCGGAGGAAGUUGAAGCGGAUUCCAAAACUUCAAAAACGCAAAGAUCCGCUGGCGAACAGUCCGAAAGAUCUGGCGGACAAAAUUCCGGAAGACGCCCGGCAUUGGGGAAGGAUGAAGGCGGAGCAGCGGCAGAAGGUUAAGCAACUCUGCGGCAAAAUCAACUGCAAGGCCUGGGAGAAGCACAAGGCCAACAGGGAUCGGCUGAAGGGCCAGAUGAAAAAAUUCCGGAAGCAAGUGGGAAAAACUGAGGACAAGGACGACGAUGACGAUGAUGCAUUGGAGUUGGAGCUGCAAAGAACCAGGCAGCUAAAGAAGGCUCUACUUGAAAAGGCCGAACUUGCAGCGGAUGUCGAGCCUGCCGACGACGGCAUCUUUGACUCCGAUCUCCUGCUCACUACAGAACAGUCCGAGUUCCUGCUCAACGAGCUCGACAAGGGAGGUGAAGAGGAGGAGGAGCCGCUGCCACCUGGGUUUGAGGCUACCGAGAGUCCAGAAGCUACUACUCCUGAUCCAGACUAUGAUUCUUCAUUGGCUGGGGAGGAUAGCGAUGAUUAUCAUGUAGAAGCCGAUGAUCCGGAUGCAGUUGCAGCCGAAAAACCGGCCGACCCAGUUUUGUCGAGAAGAGCCCGCGCCGCUCUAUUCUUUGAAGAGCAAUUCGUCCGGAAAUGGGAUAUCAAUCAACCGAUCCAGUAUACCUUCCACGAAUCGCUAGAGGAAAUUGAUAAAAACACUGUUCGACAAGCCUUACAAACGAUUUCCACGAAUGUGCCCUGCCUUCGAUUCCAAUAUAUCCAAAGGCCGGUGACGAACGGAUACUUCUUGUAUUACAUGAAGACGGAUAUGCCUGGAUUCUGCGGUCUUUCCCGCAUUGGAAAGGUCACUGGAGGUAACCCGAUCUACUUGAGUUUCACCUGCAAUGGGAAUGUCGGCGUCACGAUUCACGAGACGAUGCACUCACUUGGGGUUGAUCAUCAGCAUAUUCGAAUGGAUCGUGAUAAGUGGAUCAAGGUCGAUUGGUCCAACGUCAAUCCUCAGAUGUACGACGCUUUGGCUGUUUCUGAUGCUAAAACUUUCACAUCGUACGGUGUCGCCUACGACUACGCCAGCGUCAUGCACUACAACGCAUACACGGCUGCUAUCGAUUACAAUAAGCCGACGCUGAACCCGCUGGUAAACCCGGCCCAAAACAUCCGCGUGAUGGGCCAGCGUGACGCGAUGACCCAGAGGGACGUCGAGAUCCUGAGAAAAAUGUAUUGCAAAGCUGCCAGCUGUGUCGACACGAACAUCUACUGCGGCGCGUGGGCGCUCAGCUCGUUGUGCACGGCGUCCGGGAACAGCGGUUGGAUGCAGCAGAACUGCAGGAAGAGCUGCAAUUUGUGC